AUGUUUAUUAGUUAUAAUUAUUUGGUUUCAUUAGCUUUUAUAUUGACUACCGAUGUUGUUGUUGGCCUAGAAAUCGGUGAUUACCCGAACAUAACGGACACCAAUCAGUGUGGUAUCGGUCGUCAGUCGCAUCUGUUGAACGACCAGUGCUUUGAAUGGCAUAAAAGUAAUGAUUUGAUGUCCAAUGUUGUCAACGGCAGGGAUGUCCAGCCGGGAGAGUAUCCAUACGUUGUCUACAUUGAGAUUUGGGUCAGACUAUCGAAAUGGGGCGGAAUUGAUAGUCAAAAUGCGUGUACGGGAUCUAUACUCAACCAGCACUGGAUACUAUCGGCCCAUUGUUACAGUAAUCUCGCGGGUAUUGACUACUAUAAGGUAUUCGCGGGAACUAUAGAUAAGUCAAAACUGGGAACAGAUUAUGGAGUCGAAGAAGUCAUUCUACACCCGAAGUUCGAGAGAACUCCUCGUAAUCCCUAUGAUGUGGCGCUCAUACGUGUGAAGACACCAAUGGUUUUCAAUGAUGGAGAUAAUGGUUACGCCUAUCGACAGUUAAACAGUAUUUGUUUGCCGCCUAUCGAUCAUAUGGUCACUGAAUAUGAGUUGGCAUUAAUUGUAGGUUUCGGUCGUAUCAAUGAUACGUAUGUUAAUACAGAUAGACUUCAAACUGGUUUGGUUAGGAUAUCAGCUCAAAACCUAACCGAUCCAAACAUUAUUAAUGCCUAUCAAUAUCCAUAUCCCGGUGGAGCACAUCUUUGUUUUGGCGAUUCCGGUGGUCCACUACUACAGUAUGUCAACGGUAGGGCUGUCCUAAUAGGAGUCAGUAUUUGGGGAGACACUGGCGAAAACAUCUGUAGUCCCAAUCAUCGGGUUUGGACAGCAUUUGUCAAAGUGUCGGCAGUUUUGGAUUGGAUUAUCGAAAACAUAUCGAAAUAA